AUGCGGCGUUGACAAGUGUUGACAAAUACAAUACAGUUCGAGUUCGACCCCUUAGGGCUUGUCGCUCAAGAGUAUUAUAACUAAGAUUAAUAAAACUAAACGUAUAUAAACAGGGUCAUAUCGUGCGGGCGGAACACGUGGUGAUCAGCCAAGAUACAAACAACUCUGCGAGAAAGUGGCAAAUCUUAUAGCUAAAGCUAAAGCCACCUACUAUCGGUCCAAGGCCUCAGAAUUUCGUACCUCGAAUCAAUCGAAGUGGUAUAACUGUAUCUACUCUUUAGUAAAUGCCGAAAACACAACCCACACCCAAUUUCCACACAGGCCCGAAAACCUAGACUUAUCCGACUUAGCUGAAAAACUUCAGAAAGCCUUCACUAAACCAUGGUCGGACCGUUACACGAAUGUCGCCUUUGAAAUACCUGAAGUGAACCACCCACAUAAGAAUAACAAACCACCUCUUCCUUCUAUUGGCCAAGUUAAAGCGGUCUUAAAACAUCUUAAUCCAAGAAAGGCAACUGACAUUGAUAAGGUUCCUGCAUGGAUGCUCAAACAAUACCACGAAGACCUAGCUCCUGUGGUUUAUGACAUUGUGUGCUGUAGUAUAAGUCAAUGUUGUUAUCCAUCACUCUACAAACAUGCCCUAAUUUCCCCUGUUCCUAAAGUGCAACCGCCGAGAGACAUUAACAAUGAUUUCCGCCAGAUAUCAGUCUUACCCCAUCUUGCCAAGAUCCUGGAAAAGAUCCAACUCCAGUUAAAUAUUGAAGACCUGAAAAUUAAGAAUAACCAGCACGCGUUUACUCAACAUCGAAGCACAGUCUCUGCGUUAAUAUCAACUACCCAAACUUGGUUUAAUGCCACUGAUUGUUCAAAAACAGGCAAAAUGGGGGUUCAUGCGGCCUUCAUUGACUUUCGUAAGGCCUUCGACCUUGUGGAUCACAAUAUUCUUUUGAACAAAUUAGCAGCUAUGAACAUAAAUAAACCCUUCUGGUUAUGGGUUAAAAGUUUCCUUUCCGGAAGAGUUCAACAAGUAAAUCUCAAUGGUACCUUAUCAUCCAUUGCAACAUGCCCGGUCGGAGUCCCGCAAGGCUCUGUAAUAUCUCCCAUUCUUUUUAAUACCUACAUUGAUGAUUUGGAGGACGCCUUACCAGAACAACUAAAAGUCAGUACGAAUAAGUAUGCAGAUGACUGCACACAACACCAAAUAGUGAGUGUAGAUUCUAAUAGUAAUUUACAACAAUCUAUCAAUGAAGUAAAUAACUGGGCGGUGUUAAAUAAAAUGGCAAUUAAUGCUAAAAAAACUAAGGACAUGUGGAUCUCUUUCACGGACGCUAUACCUGAACCACCACGUCUUCGUAUUGGAAAUGAGUUAAUAAAAAGGGUCAACGCUUUUAAAUUACUUGGCGUAUCGUUCCAAAAUAAUCUAAAAUGGAACGCACAUGUUGAAGAGAUUACACGUAAAGCAAAUAAACGCCUUUACCAUCUUAGAGAAUGCAGGAAAUCGCAGUUACCAGCUGAAGUCGGUAUUAUUACCUAUCAAUCCAAAAUAAGACCAAUUCUCGAGUAUGCAUCACCUGUCUGGGCGGGACUGCCUAAUUACCUGCGAGAUGAAAUAGAGCGGGUUCAAUCCAGGGGCUUAAGAAUCCUUGGCCUGGAAAAAGAUUACCUACCACCGCUGAACGAAAGAAGGGAAGAGGCAACUAGUCGAGAAGUUGAUAGGUUUAUGAACGAUCCAAACCAUCCCUGUCGCAGUGUUUUUCCAAAAUUAAUUAACAAUCAGUACAAUUUAAGGAACAUUGACCGGAAUCGCAAUAUAUCAUUCUUCUCAGGAACUGAAAGGCAUAAACAUUCUUUUUCAGGAAGAGCUUGUAAAUAUGUAUAA